AUGAGCUCUAUUAAGAAAGAGAAGCCCAUCCACUCUCUGAUUGCGGGUACGACUGCUGGAGCAAUAGAAGCAUUCGUGACGUACCCGACUGAAUUCGUGAAGACCCGGUCACAGUUUGGUGGGCAGCGAGAGUCACCUUUGACUAUCAUUCGCUCGACUUUACGCGAAAAGGGUGUAACGGGUCUGUAUUCGGGUUGUUCGGCACUUGUGAUAGGCAAUUCAGUCAAGGCUGGUGUUCGAUUCGUGAGCUAUGACCACUUCAAGAGUAUGCUGGCAGACGCAGAGGGCAAUGUCAGUGCGCCUCGAAGUUUACUUGCUGGUCUUGGAGCUGGUAUGACGGAGGCCGUCAUUGCUGUUACCCCUUCAGAGACUAUCAAGACCAAAUUGAUUGAUGACGCCAAACGUCCAAACCCGCAAUAUCGCGGUCUUGCUCAUGGAACGAUGUCUAUAAUCCGACAGGAAGGCAUACUCGGCAUAUACCGAGGGCUCUUUCCCGUUAUGAUGCGUCAAGGAGCCAACUCUGCAGUCCGUUUUACGACAUACACGACUCUCAAACAGUUCGUUCAAGGAACUACGCGACCAGGCCGACAGUUACCUCCAGGGAUCACAUUUGGGAUUGGUGCAGUAGCUGGAUUGGUGACAGUCUAUACGACACAGCCGCUGGACGUGAUCAAGACGCGGAUGCAGUCACUAUCAGCGCGCCAGCAGUACCGUAACUCUUUCCACUGUGGAUAUAGGAUCUUGACUGAGGAAGGAAUCUUCCGGUUUUGGACUGGUACAACGCCGCGACUGGCUAGAUUAGUUAUGAGCGGAGGCAUCGUGUUCACGACCUAUGAGAAGAUUAUUAGUAUCAUCGGUGGUCGGGAGCAGGAGUAA